GUAAUCUGUCAAAUUGGUAACCAGAGUUCGCAAAUUUACGAAAGUACCUAUAAAAUUUAAUAUUUGUUGAAGGUUAAAAAGUGAAAGGCAAGAUAAAUAUUGUAGUAGGUACCUGCUUAAAAUAAGUUCCACUUCAUAUUAUUGUACAUAAUUCAGACAAGUUCUACCAAUUUCCGUCCACAAAUAACCUACAAAUUUGUAAUAUAUAAUGUCAGAUAUAAUUGUAGAAGUAGAUAAGGGAAAGUUGAGGGGGAAGAUAUGUGAAACGCCAGACAAUUCAAAAUUUUACAGUUUUAAAGGCAUUCCUUACGCGAAACCGCCAGUUGGAGACUUGAGAUUUUCUGUACCUGUGCCACCUGAAGCAUGGGAUGAAAUAAGAGAUGCAACGAAAGAUUGUAAUAUCUGUUCCCAGUUAGAUCGCGCUACCAAUACGAUUGUCGGAGAUGAAGAUUGUUUGUAUUUGAACGUUUACACCCCAAUGUUACCUUCAACCAAUUCUAGUAUCCUACCUGUGAUGGUGUUUAUCCAUGGCGGAGGCUUUGUAUAUGGAAAUGGAACCGAUGAUAAGACACAUGGUCCAGAUUACUUAGUACAAAAAGAAGUGGUUGUUGUAUCUUUCAAUUACCGUUUAGGCGUCCUUGGCUUCCUAUCUUUGGAUCAUAAAGACGCACCUGGCAAUAUGGGCCUAAGAGACCAAGUGUUAGCACUUAAAUGGGUCCAGAGAAAUAUUAUGAAAUUUGGCGGUGAUCCUAAAAAUGUAACAAUAUUCGGUUUUAGUGCAGGGGCCGCCUCUGUCGAAUAUUUAAUGCUAUCCCGAACAGCAGAAGGUUUAUUUCACAAAGCAAUUGCACAAUCUGGGUCAUCGUUACUGCCAUGGGCUCAUAAUAAUGAAUUAAAACAGCUAUCGCACAAAAUUCCCGAAGUCGCGCAAAAAACUAUUCAAACCGAUGAAGAAAUACUGAAAUACCUCAAAAGUUUGCCGAUUAAAGAAUUAAUAUUGUUAUCUAUGAAAGUUAUAGAAUCUGGACAAAUGCACGGAGGAAUAUACUUUGGCUUUGUGCCUGCAGUUGAAAAAAAAGCUGAAUGGGAAACAUUUUUGGAUGAGAAGCCAUAUGAUUUGUUAUCACAAGGCAAGUUUAAUAAAGUACCUAUUAUAACGGGAUUUUGUUCUCGUGAAGGACUUCUUAUGGCUUUCUACGGCACACAAAAAUUAGAGAAGCUAAUGACGGAAAAUAACUUUUUAGAUUACUUGCCAUUCGAAAUUCCCGAAUCAGAUAAAACCAAUUUAGAUUCCAAAAUAAAGAACAUUUAUUGUGGGAUUGAACCGAAGUAUGGUGAAACGGAUACAUUUGGAAUUGACUUCUUCUCAGAUGUAGACUUCUUCGGAGGUGGAUAUGUGGCCACAUCACUGAUUGCUAAACAUAAUUCUCCGGUAUAUUUUUACGAAUUUGAUUACGAUGGAGGCUUGAACUAUCUUAAGAAAAAAUACAAUAUAGAAAGGAAAGGGGCUUGUCACGGGGAUGAUGGUGGAUAUUUGAUAAGAUGUGACGCUAUUCUUGGCAAGAGUGUUUCCAAAACUGAUGAACUAGUCAGGGACAGGCUGCUUGAAAUGUGGACAAACUUUGCGAAGCAUGGAAACCCAACGCCAAAUAUCAAUAACUUAAUCACUACAAAAUGGGAACCAGCAACAGAAACAAGUUUACCUUAUUUGUACAUAGAUGAAAAUUUGGUAAUGAAACGUGAGACUGAGUUAUACCCAUCAAGGGCAAAAUUAUUUACGGAACUUUACGCUAAGUAUAAUAGACUGUAAGGUUUUUUUUAUUUAAAUUCCAACGUUAUUAUUCAUGUAUCCGUUUUUUAUUGCUAAUAAACAUAUGCUUGCAC